UUUCUCCCCGACCUGACUCGUUCUCUCCCUCGACGGCUUCCAGAGGUCAUGAAACGGUCGUGAACAAUGUCCAGCCUGUUCAAACACCUCAGAGUCCACCAAAUCUUUGGUGCCAACACUGAUGUCGGGAAGACCCUGCUCACGACGGCGUUGGUACGCGCGUCGGCGGCGAGAGGACAUGAUGUCUUCUACCUCAAGCCAGUCAGCACGGGGUCGAUGAACGAGGCGGACGAUGGUCACAUUCAGCGCUUCACCAGCUCGGUCAAGAGCAAAGUACACGCCGACUGCUUGUAUCGGUACACAGAACCCGUCAGUCCCCACCUCGCCGUCAAGCUCGAUCAGAAGGACGCGCAGAAUGUCAGCGGCGCGCCCGCGGAUGGGACCGUGGUCAACGCCAUCGCGGAGCACAUCAAGACCUGCGCGUCGCGCGCGCACAAACUGGCAGGCAAUCCCCUCGCACAUAUGUAUGUCGAGACUGCUGGAGGCGUCCACAGUCCAUCACUGUCUGGUACCACACAACUGGAUCUCUAUCGCCCUCUCUUCCUCCCGACUAUCCUUGUAGGAGACUCCAAGCUCGGCGGCAUAUCCUCUACCAUCUCCUCUUUCGAGUCGCUGCACCUGCGCGGCUACACAGUGGACGCCAUCCUGCUCUUCCGCGAGGGAUACUACCGCAACUGGGAGUACCUCAAGUCAUACUUCUCCGAGCGCGAUAUCCCCGUCUUCGCCCUCGACAAGCCGCCCGACCUGCACCCGGACCCCACGCAGAAUUUCGCGCGUACGGACAAGUACUACCAGUCAGUCACUUCGGCAGACGGCGCAGACAGCAUCGCCAGCAUCCUCGACCACCUCGACUCCCGGCACGCACAACGUCAGACCGAGCUCUACUCCAUGCCGCGUCGCGCGCUCGACACGAUUUGGUGGCCCUUCGUUCAGCACGGUCUCAUCGCCGGCGAGAAGGACAUCAACGUCAUCGACAGUGCCCACCGUGACUUCUUCAGCGUGCACCGGCCGACCUCCGACCCCAGCGCCUCCGCUCUUCAGCCCCAGUUCGACGGCUCGGCCUCCUGGUGGACGCAGGCCCUCGGGCAUGCGCAUCCCGCCGUCGCGCUCGCUGCCGCGCACGCCGCGGGCCGCUACGGACACGUCAUGUUCCCCUCCGCCGUGCACGCCCCCGUGCUCGAGCUCGCCGAGCGUCUCGUCCAAGGGCCAGGUGCCGGGUGGGCGGACUACGCGUUCUUCUCCGAUAACGGGUCGACAGGCAUGGAGGUCGCACUCAAGAUGGCGUUGCGCGCGUAUGCGGUGCGCCACGAGUUGCGCGGCACGGAGGAGGCGAAGAAGCUGGGCAUCCUCGGCUUGAAGGGCAGCUAUCACGGCGACACGCUCGGCGCGAUGGACGCGUGCGAGGAUGGGGGUGUCUACUCGUGCGAGUGGCACAAUGCGCGAGGGGUGUGGCUCGAGCCGCCGACCGUGGGCAUUCGGGAAGGUGCGGUGUAUGUCAGAGUUCCGGGGGCGGUCGUUGGGAAGGACGCGGACGAGCUCGUGCGCGCGGACUCGCUGUCGCGCGUGUACGAUGUAGAAUACCGCAUGCAGACGACGUUGGCGAAAUCGUAUGAGGCGCAUAUCCGGAAGGUGCUUGGGAACAUCGAGCGCGAUGACACGCAGCUGGGCGCGCUCGUCCUUGAACCCCUCGUUAUGGGCGCGGGCGGCAUGAUCUUCGUCGAUCCGCUCUUCCAGCGCGUCCUCAUUGACGUCGUGCGCGGGCGGGGCUCCUCUCGCUCCCCCUCAUCUUCGACCGUUUCCUCCACCUCCACCGCCAACUCAUCCUGGACCGGCAUGCCCGUCAUCUUCGACGAGGUCUUCGCCGGCCUCCACCGCCUCGGUCUCGAGUCCGCCGCCCCGCUCCUUGGCGUCACGCCCGACAUCGCCGUGUACGCCAAGAUCCUCACCGGCGGCCUCCUCCCGCUCGCUGCCACGCUCGCCUCGCGCGACAUCUACAAUGCGUUCUUGAGCGACUCGAAGGCGGACGCGCUCCUGCACGGGCACUCUUACUCUGCGCACGCGGUCGGGUGCGCAGUUGCGAAUGAGGCGCUCAAUCAAAUUGCGAGGUUGGAGAAGGAGGGUACGUGGGACUCGGCGAGAGCGAGAUGGGCGCCGACCACGACGGAGGAGGCGAGGGUGUGGAGUCUGUGGGACCCGACGUUUGUGAAGGCGCUCUCGAAGCACGACAAGAUCGCGGAGGUGAUGACGCUGGGCACCGUCCUGGCGGUUAAGGUCAAGACGGAGCAAGGCGGUUACGUCUCCCACUCUGCGCAAGAGCUGCUGAAGGGGCUCGGGAAUGUUGAGCGUGGGGAGGGCGGGCUGUCGUCUGCGCCUGGGGGCGCGCCCUUCAGCAUCCACUUCCGGACGCUGGGUGACGUAGCGUAUCUGAUGCUCAGCCUUAACACCGAGGAUAAGGUCGUGCGGGAGGUCGAGGAUCGGGUAUGGCAGGCCAUCGCAGCCGCUUGAACUUCGUAUUUCCUCUUGUUGUGAGAAAGACCCAAAUGUAAAUACAAUCUCAGCAGGUAAUAUAUGCCCAAGGGGCCACUUGACUAGUUA